AUGGAAAAUGGUGAUAUGUCAGACGGUCAGCUAAACGCCUCCUCGGAAGGUGAAGGAGUUUUUGACGGAGAGCUAUUUCUCUAUUCCGCAAAAAAUGGCAGACUUAAUCGUCGCCACUGGAAGAUGUGUUGGUCACCUUCCACAAACGAUGAAAAUCAAUGGUUUCAAGUGCGCCUCGGUCAAUCUAGCACUUUCGUUACCAGUAUAGCAACACAGGGAUGCCCAUUUUCGACAGAGUGGACUGCUUCCUACAAGCUGCAAUAUAGUGACGAUGGAGUAACUUUCCAAUACUACAAGGAGAAGGGACAAAAUAAGGAAAAGGUAAAUCAUACUUGGAACACAAUCUGGUAUCCUACUAGCUUGCGUAGCAGGUGCUUGGAAGUAGUGGGCGAAAGAGAGAACGGACGCGCGCGAGGGAGACACGCGCGGGGUGAGGGAGCUACCUCUCCCCUCGCGUGUCUCCUUCUAGAGCGCCCGUUUUUUUCUUGUGCCCACUAGUCCAAGCGCCUGCUACGCAGCUAGUAUCCUACUCAAAAGUUUUUUGUGAUUAACUAAGUGCUCUGGGACACAAGAAGUGCCUCUUCAUUAUUUAACCAUUUAUAACAAUCUCUUUUUUAGGUCACAAACACGAUUUAGAACAGUAAAGAAAUAAUGCAUUAGUGUAUUACCGUAUUUAUUCGAAUAAGCUCCCAACCUCGAAUUAGCGCCCACCUCGAAUAAGGGCCCAUCCUAAAGGUAGAAAAAGUUAAUAAGCGCCCAGCCUCGAAUAAGCGCCCACCCCCUCCCCUUCUCAAUCAAACUCAAAUAAGCGUUCACUCCCACCCCACCCACUUGAGUGAAUAAAUUCUAAUAAGAGACUUCCCAGAGGACGGCGUUUUCUUAAGAGUAUUUUACAGAAACCUUGCUUUGUUACUUCUUCGCGUUUGGUCAUUAGCAUUUACUGUUUUGUUGCAAAAUAAACUUACUUCACUUUCUGAAAAUGGUGAAAAUUUAAUAAGCGCCCAGCCUGGAAUAAGCGCCCACCUCCAAUAAGCGCCCACUCCCAAGGUCAAAAAAUUUAAUAAGCGUCCAGGGCGGUUAAUCGAAUAAAUACGGUACUACAGUUUUGUUGGCGACAAAAGCGAGCUAAAUCUACAUACGUUUUUUCUUAGAACCAUCAGAUAAUUGCAAACGGGUUUGUGUUGCUGAGGGUUUAACUAGGAAUCAAUCUCUAACUUGAUACAAAACGGGUGCAAAUAACUAAUUGUCAACAGAAUUGAUUAGUUCUCUUUCAUCAAAACUCCUGAGCCCACCCCUGUAAUUCCCUCUGUGAAUUCUUGUGGAUACAGCAAUUUUGACCUUCCAGGUUUUUAGUGGAAAUACAGAUGCAGACACUGUUAUCAGGCACGACCUUGAUCCACCAAUAACUGCGAAGUAUCUCCGCUUUCGACCAGUCACCUGGGGGAGCCGCAUAGGAAUGAGGGCAGAGGUAUACGGCUUUAAAGGUAAUAAUACAUGUUGUCCAAUAAAUUCUAUAAGAAACACUUGA